GAAUACAGAGCCUGCCCCUGUGGGGGCUCCCUGCUCCGCUAGGGGGCUCCAUGUUCCUGGUGGGCUCCAGGCUCCUGGGGGGACUCGGGUCUGCCCCGUGGGACCCCAUCCUCUCCUUCUGUCUGGACCUUUUCUGUCUCGGGCAGGGAAUCUCUCCGUGUUCCCCCCAGACCCUUCCUUACAGCCUGGCAGACCCUCCCCAGGCCCCCGGGGUUUGCCUUUUUGUGGACUUGUGCCCUUUGGGCUCCUUUGACCCCGCUCAGUGUGGAGGAGCUCCCUUUGUCUCCAUCUUUUUCUGGCCCCGAGUUCCUGCUGGGAACCCCUCGGGCCGACCUCGGGGUCCCUGAAUCCAGGGGUCCGGGAGGGCGGGGCCUGGCCUGCCCUUCUCAGCCCGUCCUUUUCCUCCGCAGGCCGGCCUUGGCCCAAUUCCACCUUUCCGGAAGUUGAGGGCGGCCCGAGGAAGGUGGGAUGGCUGCCAAGCCCCCAGCACGCGGGGCCUGUCGGGGCUCCGUGACCUUCCGGGACGUGGCCGUGGACUUCUCCCGGGAGGAGUGGGGGCAGCUGGGCCCGGGCCAGAAGGAGCUGUACCGGGAGGUGAUGCUGGAGAACUACCGGAACCUGGUGGGCCUGGGGCUUGCUGUCUCCAGUGCCCACGUGGUCUGCCAGCUGGAGCGAGGGGAAGGACCGUGGGUGCCCGAGGGAGACGCCCCAGGAAGCAGCCGAGCAGUUUUGGAAACUAGACUUGCAACCAAGGAGUCAGCCUCACAUCCGAGACUUCUGUCACAAGAAUCAUCUCAGGAAAGACUAGAAAGGGAUCAUCCCUGUGACUUCAAUUGGAGAGAAGCUCGCAAAUGUGGUGCUAGUUUUGAGAGGCAGCAGAACAAGGAGAAGAAUGCCCCUAGAUAUGACAUACAUACAGAGACCAAGUGUAAUGAAUAUGGGAAACCCUUUAAUUACAUAUCAGAACUCAUAGAAUAUAAUAUGCCAGCUCAUACUAGAGAGAAAUGUUAUGAGUAUAAGGAAUAUGGGAAGGCCUUUUCCAGGAACUUACAGUUUAUUGAAAGUAAGAAAAUUCAUCCUGGAGAGAAGCUUUGUGAAUGUAAAUUAUGUGGGAAGGCCUUCUGCCACUGCUCAAAGCUUCAUCAGGUGCUUCAUACUAGAGAAAAAGCUUAUGUAUGCAAUGGCUAUGAGAAAGGCUUCCACCAGAGAUCAGCACUUAUUCAACAUCAAACUAUUCGUUCAGGAGAAAGACCUUUGGAAUACAGUGAAUCUGGGAAAAUCUUCGGUUCAGGGUUCACAGGACAUCAGCGAAAUCACACUGGAGAGAAGCCUUAUGAAUGUAUUGACUGUGGGAAGACUUUCUCCCAGAGCUCACAGCUUACUAGACAUCAGAUAAUUCACACUGGAGAAAAACCAUAUGAAUGCAAUGAAUGUGGGAAGGCUUUUCGAAGAAGUGCUGGGCUUAGUCGACAUCAAACAAUUCAUACUGGAGAAAAGCCUUUUGAAUGUAAAGAAUGUGGAAAGGCCUUUAGGCUUAGCACAGCAUUGACAGAACAUCAGAGAAUUCACACUGGAGAAAAACCGUAUGAAUGCCGUGAAUGUGGGAAGGCCUUCAGUCAGAGUACACAGCUUAAUCGACAUCAGAGAAUUCACACUGGAGAGAAACCAUAUGAAUGUAAUGAAUGUGGGAAGGCUUUUGGCCAAAGAGCACAUCUUACUCAACAUCAGACAGUUCACACUGGAGAGAAGCCUUAUGAAUGUAAUGAAUGUGGGAAAGCUUUUAGUCGAAGUACAGGGCUUACAGGACAUCAGCGCAUUCACACUGGUGAGAAACCAUAUCAGUGUAAUGAAUGUGGGAAUAACUUUCGCCUCAGCAAACAGCUUACUCAGCAUUACAGAAUUCAUACUGGAGAGGCACCUUAUGAAGGGGAAGCCUUAUGAAUACCUUGAAUUUUCUCUGUAAUGCUCCUGCUCUGGUUCCUGGACUUGCACACGUGAGUUCUGCCUUCUCCCCUUUACCUGUUGUUUGUGAUGAAGGUAAACGCCCAUCCAAGCCAUGGUCAGACUUUGUCCUUAUCCCAGUAGGUCUCAUUGCUGUCUGGAAGGUCAGACUUGACCCGUGGCAUUAAGAUCUGGAGUUGCCUUUGUGGGGAGUGACAUGAAGUUUUUCUCCUUUCUGGAGUUUGGUCUGCUAUGAAUCUCUCAGUGAUCUGUUAUUCUGUCUUUGAGGCUCCGUUUUGUAAUGGCUGAUUUUGAAGAUCCGCAGCUUUCUCUCCCUCCUAUCCCUGUGUAUAAAGGGGUAUGUGUGUGAGAGCAUGUAUGUAUUAACUGGGUGUUGGGGAAGAUCUCUGCUGGCAAACAGGAGCUCAGCCCAAGUUUCUUUACCUGAGCUGCUGGAGGGCCUCUCACCUUUCCUAAGGGACUGGGGAAGAGCAAGGCAGGUGCUCAUCGGGGAUGAGAUGGGCUGUACCCCAACUCCCUCAGCCAGACCUGCCUGGUCUGGGGCUUCUCCAGGCAAGUGAGUGAGCUCCAGGGCUGCCUUCACCAGAGGCACCCUGUCAGGAAAGCGCUUCGGGGCCAGAGGGAGGUCUGGGGAGACCCUUGGGUUACUGAGCUCACACAUCCUGAGGAAGAUGCAGCUCUGAGACAAGGAUGCUGUGGCCCUUCCCAUUUCCUGCCCUAGGGACAGUAUGUUUUUGCCAAAAGCUUAUCUUUCUUUAUAAAGCUUAUUCAUUUCUCUUCACCUACGCUUUAAAAGCAUUAUAAAGAUAAAACUCUCUUAGCCUUUUUAUUAGUGGCCUACAUGUAUUUUAUUGAUUUAAACGUGGGCAGAGGGGAGGAAGUAAUGAAUGGCUCUUCUUGUAGCAAAGAGAAGGGCUGUAGCUUGUCUCCUCUGGCUAAGGUCAAAUAAUCACUAGAAUAUUCAACUGUCAGCUGGAGGCUCAAGGUAAACAAAGGUUUUAGGUCAUACCUAGAUUUCCCUCCUUGGACCAGAGAGCCUGAGGCUAUUUGAAUGGGGGUGAGGGAGGGGAGAAGCAGAAUUAACUGUUCAAGAGUUGGUUGCUUUCAGUGCUCAGAUUUCUUCUGCAGAAUCCCAGGAGAAGCCAGCUAAGGGAAGGCGGUAUAAAGAAAGUCACACCUGGAGAGAAGUUGGGAGCAAAGAGCACCGCAAUUCCAAAAGUGGGAGCCAGUGUGGAGGGAAUAACUAGUUUUCCUAAGUCAGUACUCUGCACACUGCACAGCUAUGAGCCAAACACCAACAGGUGUUAAAGAGAGACUUGCCUGAGGAAUUUUUUAACUUUUAAAAACUUUUCCUCAAUUUAGAAUCAUAAGGUUUUAAUCCCUUCUCCCUGCUAUUCUGGAGCCUUUAUUUUUUUUUUCUUUUUUCCUUUUUAAAAUACUUUUAUGCCACUUCAGAUUUGUUUUGAUGGAUUGAUUUUGGAGUUUAAUAAACUUUUUAUAGAGUAUAUGUGUCCUUUCUCAGUGAAAUUUUAGUCUAAUUUUGUUUUAAAUUCUAUUUCAACUUCUGUUUUGUUUUUUCAAAUUUUUUAGGAGGUGAUCUGCCCAGUGCUUUCUGAGAGAGGAAAAAGAACUGGUCCAGAACAUCAAGGCCAGGAGAAAGAAAGGGGUCCAGCACAGGGUGGGGGAACAUUUGAGUCAGUAAAGGAGGGUAGAACGGUGAGCUCAGUUUGCAGCUUCCAGAAGGGGCAGUUUACCCAUAGGUCAGUCAGUUGGUAAGCAUUUACUGAAUACCUGUUUGUGUCAGGAAUUGUACUAAACACCAAACUUCAGGGAUAUAUAGAAGGUCUAAAGAUCAUUCCUGCCUUCAGACAGCUCACAAUUUAAGGGGGAAAUAUGAGAACUAGAAAUAAUCAGCACAAGCAAGGCUCUGGAAUUGUGGGGAAAUUAGUAAAAGGUUCUAGUAGAAGGUGGGGUUUUAGUUUGGGACUUUAAGGAAACCAGGAAGGUCAGUAAUCAGAGUGAAGGAGAGAGCAUUCCAGGAUUGGGAGACAGAGAAAAUGGGCAAAAUAUCUUAUUCAAAGAACAACAAAUAAAGGCAAGGUUGGAUAUAAUGUGCCAGAAAAAUGGAAAAGUGGGCUAGCUUAUAAAGGGCCCUGAAUACCAAAUUGAUUCCUGAGGUGAAGGGGAACCGCUGGAGUUAAUUGAGUAGGGCUUUAACAACAGAUUGGCUAUGGGAGGCUGAUAGUAAGGUGUUGGUGUUCUUUUUCUUCUUUAAUAUAAUAGGAUAAUGGUUCUCUCUGGGUGAGAGCAGGUUUCUUGGGGAGGUUUUCUGGAGGCAGCCUUAGUAUCAGUUCAGAUCAAUAAUUACCCCAAAUGCAACCAGUUGAUAAAAGUUCAGAUCUUUUAUUGUCUCCAAUAUAGCCUGGUUAGCUUAGAGGCCUAUCUCUCUGCUUGGUUCCAAGAGCUCCCUCCGAAUGUCUCCAAAUCCAAAAGUUUGUCCUUCACUCCUCCAGCCAACCAAGUGGAAAAUGAAAUGGAUCUCUCUUGCCUCGGAGAGAAGGCAUUAUUCUUUGCUUCUGCCUCUGCUUUCUUCAGCCUCCAAUCCAGCUCCAAGUUGAAUCUGUCUUGCCUCUGAGAGAGGGCUUCUGGCUCUCAGUCUCCCAAAGUGCUCUGUGUCUGCACCAGAGUACUCCUCUCCAAUCCAGCUGAACUCUCUUCUGCCACCAGCCAGCCAAGUAGAAAAUAUUGGUAUGAAUCUCUCUUCACUGGGUUUAUAUAUGACUCUUCUGAGAGAAUGGGAUUAUGGGUUUUCUACCAUAGUAGUCUCUGGCCCUAAGAGUUUCAAGGGAGGUGUGAAUUCACAAAGUUACAAAGUUUACUUUGUGAGUCUCCCAUACUUGUGAACUCCAAUGAGUAAAGGUGUAAACACAAGCACUGUAUCAAUUAGUUCUACUUAGUACCUUUUUUCAGGUUCUGGCCCAAAACAUCAACUCUAAUGAGUUAGUAGUUUGUAAAGAUUCCAACAGUAAGGGUCUAAGAUGACUUCUAUGUUGGAACCCCAGAGAGUGGUACCCUUGACAAAUAAUAAAGAUGAUGGAAGGGGAGAGUGUUGAAGGGAAAGAUAAUGAAUUCAGUUUUGGACAUUGAGUUUAAGAUGUCUAUUGGACAUCCAGUUUUGAGAUGUAUUAAAAAAUCAGUUGAUUGUGUGAGGUUGGAGGUCAGCAGAGGGUCCGGGUCAGAAAAAGUAGAUUUGAGAAUCAUCAGCAUAGGAAGAAUGAAAAUGAAAUUAUUUUAAUUAAAACUCCAAUUGCUACAAGUAAUUAAAUCCAUGGGAGUUAAAGUAAAGUAGUAUAGAGGAAUAAGAGAUGAGGACUCAGGACAGCUCUUUGAGGGACACUUAUGGUUAAAACAUGAGAUCUGCAGGAGGAUCCAACAAAGGAGACAGAGAAGGAGCAGUUGCUGAGAGAGAAAAUAGGAGAGGAAUAUCCCCAAAAACCUAGAGAGAAGAGUAUUGGGGAUAAUUUAAUCAAGUCAAAAUCUUCAGAGUGAAGGGGAAUGGAGAUCGAAGGAUUCUUAAUGGGAGAGAGAAGUUAAAGAGAAGAGUAGAGGCAGCAGAGGCACCUUUUGUAGGUAAAGUUCUUGAAGAGAGUGUCCGCCAAAGGCAGGUCCUUGUGGAAUAAGAGUUAAGCUAGAAGGAAUUAAUGAGGGUUUUUUCAGAAUAGGGCGAGAUGUAGCCAUGGUGGUGUGCAGUAGGAAGGAGCCAGUAGAUGGAGAGAUUGCAAAUAAGUGAAAGAGGGAAGAAGAUGGGGUGUCUUAGCAAGGAGAAGGGCCACUUGGGAGAUGGGUGAAGAUGCCUUUGGAAAAGGCAUCUAGGUUAUGUGAGAGAAGGAAGGGGAAGCUCACUGCAAAUGGCCUCAAGGUUUUUUUCUUUUUACAAUUUCGUAUAAUUUUUAUUUACAUUUUAAAAUUUAAACAGUUUUCUGGAAACAAAACUCUGUGAGGUAAUAAUGGUUCUUUUUAUUAGGCUUGAACCUAUCAAAAAACUCCAGAAAAUCUCACUGCAUGUUUUUGGCAGUAAGCCCACAAGUUCAUUUUGGUUGAAAGUAGACUCAAUAUUAGUUAUUUUACAGCAUCAAAGUGGUUCCAUGAGUCUAGACAGCCUCCCCACCUCUGCUUUCGAAGUCUCUCGGACCUUCUAUAUAGAGCUUCCACUGAAUUCUUUACAAUACUGAUGGACAUUUUAUAUUCGUAACGAUCCAACAUCUGUGCAAAUUUUCAUGAGCUAUCCCGUUUGUUGUUCUUUUCUGAUUUCUCAGCAUCAAACUUGCACCAUGUUUCAGGUUCGUGAAACUCCACUCGAUGUCCUUUGCCUGUGGCCAGUUCCAGCUAAGGUUUCAUUUCCCAAGCUUGGAUAUUAGUGUUUUCUGUUGUAAGUGGAGAGCUUCCUUUGCUCUGCUGUGGUUCCAGCCACGGGUAUUACCAAGUUGUCUGACGUUACAUGUGUACCCAUGUACACGGCCUGAGUUUGUAAACUGACAUUUGAGGUCAGGUUCUUGGGCACCUGGAGAGGGGAAAGUAGGUGCGUGGUAAGGUCCAAGGGAGGAAGAAAAGGGUCAGCAGGAUCCCUGUGGUUGGAGGCAGCCAGUAUUACAGGAGAUACAGUGGGAUUACCCAGCGCAAUAUACAGGUUGGACAAUAUACAGGAUUGUCCAGCAGCAAAUCUCCCCCCCCCCCCAUUUCCCUCCACCUCGUUCAGUAGCCUCCGCAGAGAGUGGAAGGGAUCCAGGACUGAGGCUCGGCAGGGCAGGGGCCUCUGUCAGAAGUAGCUCCUUCCUUAACCCCCGCGCCCUCUUUGAAGGAGACAGCUUGUGGAGAAGGACGCCAUUCCUCCCAACACUAAGGGCCACUAGUGACCCAGGAAUAUCAGCAUCUCCCCGACCAUUUGUCCUGCUUCCAGCCCAGCCCCCAUAGCGAUUGGCCACCCCUGGAGGGACCCUCAUCCCCCCAAAGUACUUGCCAGCCACAGGGCAGGCAAGCUAGCCUGGAGCAGCAAAAGUGUCCUUUGGAAGAGACGCUGUGACCGCAGGCAGACUGCACAGAUCAGCCUGGUCAGACACUAAAGAUCCCAAUCCUGCAUCCCGGGCCAUCGUCCAUCACCCGGACGCUGUGACCCUGGGAGAAUCAGAGGCUGGUGACCGGGCAGCUCUGCCCGGCUCAAACCCCAUUCACAUGUGAGUCGGGCUCUCCGUGCUGUCGGUGACCCUCUUCUAAAACAAGACAAACGGCAAUUCAGCUAUUUUAUUAUUUUACUACUAUUUCAUCUCCCUGGAAUGCCUGUGACAGGGGCUCGUGAUGAAGCAACGGGGUGCUACAGGAGGCUCUAUAGGGGGCCCAGAUCACGGGACCAUCUUCUCAUUGAAGCAGAGGUGGGAUUCGGUAUCCCUGGAGUGUCUGAGGAGCUUUCUUAAGGACCCUGCUGGCUCCUGGCUGGAAAAGUGCCCCCAGAAAUGGACGGCUUCCUGCAGCCUUCCGAACUUGUGUGGGCGUAGUCAGCCACAGUGGGACCUUCAGUGGGCCUGGCCACUCAUUCCAACAUGAAGGACAAAUGAGAACGAGGGUGUGAGGUCAGGUCUGAACUCACACAGAUGACGGGUUCCUGCUAUUUUCCACACAAUGCACACUCUUGGGUUCAUUGCCAUUUCAUUUCUGCUCAUCCUGUCUCUCCAACAAGACUGUGUACUCCUUGAUUCCAAAGACGAUAUCGAAUGUUUCCUCUGUGAUCCCGAACAUAAUAGUUGUCUUUCAAGAAAUUAAUAAUUUUGGGGAAGAUAAGAGUUAUUGUGAAUAUUUUUAUAUUCUCUUUUUGAUUUUUAAUAACUUCAUUUAUUCAGUUUUGUUUACACUGAAAAAAGCUCAUCAAAAAAGUCCAAUAAUUAGCUAUUAUUCCUGAACUCCAGAGAGGGAUCCAGCUCCACAAACCUUUGCUUCCCCAGAUGACAGUUGUGUGUGUGUGUGUGUGUGUGUGUGUUGUUAGUAUUUUCUGGGUUAUACAGUUCUUUACUUUGCGAAUGCUUGAGUGGAAGCUAAAAAUUUCAAUCAAGUGAGCAUUUGUAGCUCCAUUGUACUAGGAAAGAAUAGAUGAGAACACAGUAACUUUGAAUCUCUUCUAGAUGGCUGACUUUUAACACAUACAACAAAUUCGACAUCUCACUUUCUAAGCUAUGCUUCUGCUUGUCAAGGAUUCCCCUCCUGUUUGCAUCUCUUUGGGGGCAGGGAGACCCCAUCACUAGUCCCCUCCCUACCUCAAAGAUGGCUACCAUCCUGGCAAGUAAUGACCAUUCACUCCCAGAGGACGGCGAACACUUCAGAUUAUAUGCAUGUGCCAUACAGAAGGAGGGGGAUUCAGCAGCACCAUGCUGAGACUUGGGAAGGCGUUCCAGCAGCCAGAUUGAAGGCCCUCAUCCACUGGCAAAAGCACGGAGACCAAAGGACAUACCACAGGGAAGGCUCUCGUCCCACAGGGCCACAGCUUUUGAGUUCUGUUCCUAGAGCGGCCGGCUCAGGAAACAGACUCUUAGAGGGAAUGGAAGUGUCCUUUGUUGUGCCAGGAAGGUGGAUGUCACAAAGAUCCCUGGUACCCUCAGCAGCUGGAACAAAGUGGGUUGCAACAGGUUUUUUCCCCAGUUUCUCAUCUGAGCCUAUCUCUGUGAGGCUUUAUAGCUGUUGUACCAUAGGUGGCUGUGAUAUUCUGCCCCAUCCUCGCUCUUGGCCCCCUGGAUGGUGAGGGCAGCUUUGUCUCCAGGAGGGACCCUGAGAACCGGGCGGGGAUGCUUAAUGAAUGUUGGUGUCCUAAUUGAUCUCCUGAGGUGACUGCCCCUGGGCUGGAGCAGGGAUCACCAGCAGAGGUAUCUCCAGCAUCAUCAUGGUCUGGACUUAAGCCUCUGAAAGCAACAGAAUGAACACAUCAAGAAUGGAAACAAGUGGCAAGAAACAGGAGACUGAGCAUUUGCCCAUCAGUUGGGAAACGGCUGAAUACAUUAUGGUACAUGAAUGUUAUAGAAUACUAUUGUUCUCUAAGAAAUGACCAGCAGGAAGAUUUCAGAAAGGCCUGGAGAGACUUACAUGAACUGAUGCUGAGUGAAGUGAGCAGGACCAGGAGAUCACUGUACAUGGCAUCAAUAUUACAUGAUGAUCAAUCCAGGAGGACGUGGCUCUCUUCAACAUUGACAUGGUUCAGACCAGUUCCAUUUGUUCAGUGACGAAGAGCCAUCUACACCCAGAGAGACACUGUGGGAACUGAGUGUGCUUCACAACAUAGCAUUCUCACUCUAUUGUUGUAUGCUUGCAUUUUAUUUUGCUUCACUUUUUCUCUUGUGCUGCAUGAUAAUUAUAAAUAUAUAUGCAUCUAUUAACAUAUAUUUCUACCAUAUUUAACAUAUAUUCGACUACUUGCCAUCUUGGGGAUGGGGUGAGGAGAGGGGAGAAAAUUGGAACACAGGGUUUUGCAAGGGCUAAUGUUGAAGAAUUGUCCGUGCAUAUGUUUUGGAAAAAAAAAAAGUGCUAACGGAAGCCACACUGCAAAGGCCCACUCUACUUUCCCUCCUUCUCCCCAAGAAUCAGGGAGCUUGAUCUCUCACCUCUGCAGGGAGGAAGGAGCCUGAUAGGAGAGGAGUCCAAACCAAGUGGCCCCGCUCUGCUUCCUGAGGCUCUGGACUAGCACAGACACUGCUUAUGGCCACCCCUCUUCCCAUGGGGACAGAGGGUACCUUCAGGCAAACAUUUUUUCCAAAUUGAAUUUGUCUACGGAGAAGGUCCCUGGGGGGCGGAGCACAGCAUGGACUGGCCCUGGGACAUUCAUGAACACACAGGGCUACCUGCCAACUCUGGCCAUGUUUGGGUAAUUUCUCAGCUGUGAUCGCCUACCAUGCAA